CAGCCAUGCUCUGUAGAAUUGUAAAACGAAGAUGUACCAGACUAGGCAGUCUAAUUUGUAACCAACUAUCAGAUCUGUCGUUUGUAAAGAGGGGACCUGAUGCGAGAUUCACUCCUUUACCCUUAUUUUCAGAAGUGGGAGGAAAUGUAGUUCCUGGUUUGCAGUCAGCAGGUAAGGGGCACUACUACCACGUAACCGGACAGUACUACGAUCACGAUCCUACUCUCAUACGGAAUAUCGUCAUGAAGAUUGGCGAGAACUUUGAGCCGAAAGUUAUUUUGGAUGCUGCGUGUUCUGACUCGGAGAUUAAAAUAUUGACAAACCUUUUAGUUGAUAGUUUGGAAUGCAGGAACAUAAGUUCGGGUGAGGUUGAUAGUAUCGGGUCGGAAGAUUGGAACUAUGGCUACGUUCUGGAACCUUCCUUUACUAUCUUCUCAAAUGACGACAUAGUUUUACAACAGAACGACCAGAAUAAAGAUUUGAUGCAGUUGAACUCCAGACGAGGAUUUCCUAUUGGUCAGAAGAUAUGGAUGAAGGAUAUUGAAAAUGUGUUCGUUGAUUUGUCUCCCCGGCCCUGGGCUACUCAAACACUAGGUAUACGGACGCUAUCAGAACAGAUAACACUUCUCACGAACGAGCGGGAUUUUGUAACACGUGACUCGGAUGAAGACGGUGAACCCUCUUACGAGGAACUGGGAGAAAUCAUGAUGAACACUGAAUGGAUAGUGAAAGCUGCCGCACAGCUUGUGUACGUAUCAACUAAAAACCGCUUUAAGAACGCCAAUAUACCGCUAUAUGUCCCGCGAGUGGUACAGGCAGAUUUGAACCCAUGGGUUGCCAUGAGAAACAGUUUGUGGCAAAAUGAAGUACCCGAUAAGUUACAGAAUUCCCAAAAUAGUUACACCCCUUGAGUUAAUUAUUAAUUAACAAAUUGUUAUAGUUAAAUAAUAACAUGAGAGAGUUAUUUAUGACUUUAUAAUGCCGUUUCGUUCUGUUAAUAUUGUUUAUGGAUCAUUUUUCAUUGGGAUACCAGCUGUCGACUACAAUGUUAUAUUUUGCACAAUUUUAUAAAUUAUUGAUUUUGAGGACUCACCAUA